UUAUCCUCGUAGCCAUAUUCCUCUUCUUUGUUACUCAUUAAAUCAAAUACAACGCCAAAUAACAACGUUUCUUCUUGAAAAUGGCAACCUAUAAUGUCUUUCGUCUCCAGUCCCAGGGCUCUCAUCAAAACAUCAAACAAAGCUCCGAACCCAUUCCCACCAUCGAAGGCCACGAAAUCCUGCUAAAAAUUCGCGCCGUCUCUCUCAACUACCGGGACAUUGCCAUCACCAAGGGACAAUACCCAUUUCCCGUCAAAACCCAAGUAAUUCCUUGCUCUGAUGCAGCCGGCGAGAUAGUUGAAGUUGGCUCUCGUGUUGAGGGCUUCAAGGUUGGAGAUCGCGUCAUUGCGAGUUUCGACGGGACGAACCUGUACGGACCGCAGAAAAACUGGAAUCAUGGGCACGGAGGUCCUGUCGAUGGAUUUUUGCGCGAAUUUGCAGCUCUGCCGGCCACUGCCGUGGUCAAGAUUGCAGAUGAGGCGAAUUUGAGUUUUCCACAGAUGGCAGGGCUGGUUUGUACGGGCGUUACGGCUUGGAAUGCGCUUUAUGGAAAUAUUCCCUUGAGGCCCGGACAGGCCGUGUUAUUUCAAGGUACUGGGGGCGUUUCACUCACCGGACUGAUGUUGGCAAAGGCGGCUGGCGCUCGAACAAUCAUCACUUCAUCCUCCGAUGACAAGCUCGAGUUCGUGCAGAAAAAGUAUGGAGUUGACCACAUCAUCAACUACAAGUCCACACCUGACUGGGCGGCUGAGGUCAAGAAAAUCACUGGAGGUGAAGGCGUCGACUAUAUUUUGGAAAACGGCGGUUCUGGCACCAUCAAGCAAAGUAUUGAAUGUAUCAAGAUGGGAGGCAGUAUUGCCGUUAUUGGCUUCCUAGCGGCUGCAAAGCAGGAGGACAUGCCAGAUGUUGCUGGGCUUGCGCUCUCGAAGGGGUGUAUCGUCAGAGGAAUUACCGUUGGGUCAAAGCAGCUAUUGGAAGAAUUGGUACAGUUUGUUGUAACUAAGGGAUUGGAGCCUCCUGUGGAAAAAACUUUUGGGUUCAGCCCAGAAGAGGUCAUGGCGGCAUAUGAGUACAUGCAAGGCGGUAGCCAUGUUGGGAAAAUCUGUAUCAGCAUAGAAUAGAUUGAGCUCACGCAAUGGUAGGGAGGAAGAAUAUAUAUUUUAGUCAUAUCACC